CUUUUCAAAGGGUAAAAUUGAAUUUUAGAGUUUGCAAAUGUAGGGUAUGAAGAGCAAAUUGUUGGGCCGAAAUAGACUUCCUUCCCCCACAUACAUAUUUGGUUUCUGCUAACGGAUAGGAUAAGUCCAUGGCAGAGUGAGUGAACAGCUCACUUGUUGUAGCCUUAAGCUUUUCCUCUUAAAUCAAAACAAUGGCAGCCUCUGCAACUCUUUCCUUGUGCUCUUUGUUCGCAACCCAUUGCAAAAUCUCACAGAACCUUCAAACCCCGUCCAGCAAUGUCAGCUUUCUGUCUCUCUCUUCUUCUUCUUCUUCUUCGCACAAGCUGUCUUCCUCCUCUUCACGACCCACAUUCCCUCUUCUAACCAAGUCGGCGGAAGCUGAAUCUGCUGUGGUCGUCGAGGCCGAGUUUCAAGCCUCGGAGUCUGAGGCCAAACCUGAUGAUACGGAGCCUGCGGCUUUGCAGGUGGUUGAAACCCCUUCAUCCCCAAAACGCGAGCAGUUGUUUGGUGUUGUUAUGAUUGGUGGGCGCCAAUACAUUGUUAUACCUGGACGAUAUAUCUAUACUCAGAGGCUGAAAGGCGCUAAUGUCAAUGAUAAGAUUGUUCUGAACAAGGUAUUGCUUGUGGGAACAAAAACAACUACCUACAUUGGAAAACCAGUGGUGACAAAUGCUGCUGUACAUGCUGUAGUUGAAGAACAAGGACUAAAUGACAAAGUAGUUGUCUUCAAGUAUAAAAAGAAGAAAAAUUAUAGGAGAAACAUUGGUCACCGACAGCCAAAUACACGGAUAAGGAUAACAGGCAUCACUGGCUACCAAGACUAUCCAGCAGUUACCCUUGAGUCGUAACCGCAUAGGAGGAGGUUUCGGUUCAGGAUUUGGUUUUUUGUUUUUUGUUUUUCAAUGCUUCUGAAUAUAUUCUUGAAGUAGUGAAUCUGAAUAUUCUUCCUUUUAGUUUCGUUGCCCUUCUCAUUUUGUAUGUAAGCUGGUAGAUGGAUUACCGUUCGUUUUGCCCAAAAUGCUUAGUGUCAUUAUCCAUUCUGUUCAUACGACUUUCACAUGAUUGCAAAGUU